AGUGGACCUGCGGAGACCUCAGCUUGUGGAUGCAGAAUACAACGUUUUGCCAAUCAAAGAGUCAGUCCGAAGUAAAGAAGUAAACCGCCACCAUGAGUACGGACGCGGAGAUGGCCAUCUAUGGCAAAGCUGCCAUUUACCUGCGUAAGCCAGAGAAGGAGAGGAUCGAGGCUCAGAGCAAACCUUUUGAUGCCAAGGCAGCCUGCUACGUGGCUGACGCCAAGGAGCUGUACCUGAAGGGUACAAUCAUCAAAAAGGAUGGUGACAAAGUCACCGUCAAAGUCCUGGACACUCAGGAGGAGAGGACAGUCAAAGAGGACGAUGUUUCACCAAUGAACCCUCCCAAGUUUGACAAAAUUGAGGACAUGGCCAUGAUGACCCACCUCAAUGAAGCCUCUGUGCUGUAUAACCUCAAAGAGCGUUAUGCAGCAUGGAUGAUCUACACCUACUCUGGGCUCUUCUGUGCUACUGUCAACCCCUACAAGUGGCUUCCAGUGUACGAUGCUGAAGUCGUCAGUGCUUACAGAGGCAAGAAGCGUAUGGAGGCUCCUCCCCACAUCUUCUCUGUCUCUGACAACGCUUACCAGUUCAUGCUUACUGACAGGGAGAACCAGUCUGUCUUGAUCACUGGAGAAUCUGGUGCUGGAAAGACUGUCAACACCAAGCGUGUCAUCCAGUACUUUGCCACCAUCUCAGUGGGUGGUGACAAGAAGAAGGACGCGACUCCAGGAAAGAUGCAGGGUUCCCUGGAAGAUCAGAUCAUUGCAGCCAACCCCCUGCUGGAGGCUUAUGGUAAUGCCAAGACUGUGAGAAAUGACAACUCCUCCCGUUUUGGUAAAUUCAUCAGAAUCCACUUUGGCACCACUGGCAAACUGGCUAGUGCUGACAUUGAGACAUAUCUGCUGGAGAAGUCCAGAGUGUCCUUCCAGCUCCCAGAUGAGAGAGGCUACCACAUCUUCUACCAGAUGAUGACCAACCACAAGCCAGAGCUGAUUGAAAUGUCUCUCAUCACAACCAACCCCUACGACUUCCCAAUGUGCAGUCAGGGUCAGAUCACUGUGGCCAGCAUUGAUGACAAAGUGGAGCUGGAAGCCACUGAUAAUGCCAUCGAUAUCCUGGGCUUCAGUGGAGAGGAGAAGAUGAGCAUCUACAAAAUGACUGGUGCCGUCCUCCAUCACGGCAACAUGAAGUUCAAGCAGAAGCAGCGUGAGGAGCAGGCAGAGCCAGAUGGCACCGAAGAUGCUGACAAGGUUGCUUACCUGCUGGGUCUGAACUCUGCGGACAUGCUGAAGGCUCUCUGUUAUCCCAGAGUGAAGGUCGGCAACGAGUACGUCACCAAGGGUCAGACUGUUCCUCAGGUGAAUAACUCAGUGACUGCCCUGGCUAAGUCCAUCUACGAGAGGAUGUUCUUGUGGAUGGUCAUCCGCAUCAACCAGAUGCUUGAUACGAAACAAGCAAGGCAGUUCUUCAUUGGUGUGCUGGACAUUGCUGGAUUUGAAAUCUUUGAUUUCAACAGCAUGGAGCAGCUGUGCAUCAACUUCACCAAUGAGAAACUGCAGCAGUUCUUCAACCACCACAUGUUCGUCCUGGAACAAGAGGAGUACAAGAAGGAGGGCAUCAUCUGGGAGUUCAUUGACUUCGGUAUGGACUUGGCUGCCUGCAUUGAGCUGAUUGAAAAGCCCAUGGGCAUCUUCUCCAUCCUUGAAGAGGAGUGCAUGUUCCCCAAGGCUACUGACACCUCCUUCAAGAACAAGUUGUAUGACCAGCAUCUUGGCAAGAACAGAGCCUUUGAGAAGCCAAAGCCAGCAAAGGGCAAGGCUGAGGCUCACUUCUCCCUGGUUCACUAUGCUGGAACUGUGGACUACAACAUCGGUGGCUGGCUGGACAAGAACAAGGAUCCACUGAACGACUCUGUUGUGCAGCUCUACCAGAAGUCUUCUGUGAAACUUCUGGCCACCCUCUAUCCUCCUGCUGCCCCUGAGGAAGCUGGUGGUGGCAAGAAGGGAGGCAAGAAGAAGGGAGGCUCCAUGCAGACCGUGUCCUCGCAGUUCAGAGAGAACUUGGGCAAGCUGAUGACCAACUUGAGGAGCACCCACCCCCACUUUGUGCGUUGCCUGAUUCCCAACGAGUCCAAGACUCCAGGUCUGAUGGAGAACUUCUUGGUCAUCCAUCAGCUCAGGUGCAACGGUGUGCUUGAGGGUAUCAGAAUCUGCAGGAAAGGUUUCCCCAGCAGAAUCCUUUAUGGUGACUUCAAGCAGAGAUACAAGGUGCUGAAUGCCAGUGUCAUCCCUGAGGGUCAGUUCAUUGACAACAAGAAAGCUUCUGAGAAGCUUCUGGGCUCAAUUGAUGUUGACCACGACCAGUACAGAUUUGGUCACACCAAGGUCUUCUUCAAAGCUGGUCUGCUGGGUACUCUUGAGGAAAUGAGAGAUGAGAAGCUUGCAGCUCUGGUCACAAUGACUCAGGCUCUUUGCCGUGCUUUCCUGAUGCGAAAGGAGUUUGUCAAGAUGAUGGAAAGGAGGCAAGCCAUCUACACAAUCCAGUACAACGUGCGUUCCUUCAUGAAUGUCAAGCACUGGCCAUGGAUGAAGGUGUACUACAAGAUCAAACCUCUGCUGAAGAGUGCGGAAACCGAAAAGGAGUUGUCACAAAUGAAGGAGAACUACGAGAAGAUGACAUCUGACUUGGCAGCUGCCCUGGCUAAGAAGAAGGAGCUGGAGGAGAAGAUGGUCUCUCUCCUGCAGGAGAAGAAUGAUCUGCAGCUGCAAGUCGCAUCCGAAUCAGAGAAUCUGUCCGAUGCUGAGGAGAGAUGUGAGGGUCUCAUUAAGAGCAAGAUUCAGCUGGAAGCCAAACUCAAGGAGACGACUGAGAGGCUGGAGGAUGAAGAGGAAAUCAAUGCUGAACUGACUGCUAAAAAGAGAAAGCUGGAGGACGAAUGCUCUGAGUUGAAGAAGGACAUUGAUGACCUUGAGCUCACCCUGGCCAAGGUGGAGAAGGAGAAGCAUGCCACAGAGAACAAGGUGAAGAACCUGACUGAGGAGAUGGCUUCUCAGGAUGAGAGCAUUGCUAAGCUUACCAAGGAGAAGAAGGCUCUUCAGGAGGCUCAUCAGCAGACCCUUGAUGACCUGCAGGCAGAGGAAGACAAAGUCAACACUCUGACCAAGGCCAAGACGAAGCUUGAACAGCAAGUGGAUGACCUGGAGGGUUCUCUGGAACAAGAGAAGAAGCUGCGUAUGGACCUGGAGAGGGCCAAGAGGAAGCUUGAGGGUGACCUGAAAUUGGCUCAGGAAUCCAUCAUGGAUCUGGAGAAUGACAAGCAGCAGUCUGAGGAGAAACUGAAAAAGAAGGACUUUGAAAUCAGCCAGCUGCUCAGCAAGAUAGAAGAUGAACAGUCAAUGGGUGCUCAGCUUCAGAAGAAGAUCAAGGAGCUGCAGGCUCGUAUUGAGGAACUGGAAGAAGAGAUUGAGGCUGAGCGUGCUGCUCGUGCCAAGGUUGAGAAGCAGAGAGCUGAUCUCUCCAGGGAACUUGAAGAGAUCAGUGAGAGGCUGGAGGAGGCCGGAGGUGCCACCGCUGCUCAGAUUGAGAUGAACAAGAAGCGCGAGGCUGAGUUCCAGAAGCUGCGUCGCGACCUUGAGGAGUCGACCCUUCAGCAUGAAGCCACUGCUGCCGCUCUGCGCAAGAAGCAGGCAGACAGCGUAGCUGAGCUGGGAGAGCAGAUCGACAACCUCCAGAGAGUCAAGCAGAAGCUUGAGAAGGAAAAGAGCGAAUACAAGAUGGAGAUUGAUGACCUCUCCAGCAACAUGGAGGCUGUUGCCAAAGCAAAGGGUAACCUGGAAAAGAUGUGCCGCACACUUGAGGACCAAGUUAGUGAACUGAAGACCAAGAAUGAUGAAAACGUCCGUCAGCUCAAUGACCUGGGAGCACAGAAAGCUCGUCUGCUGACAGAAAAUGGUGAGUUCGGCCGCCAAAUUGAAGAGAAGGAAGCUCUCGUCUCCCAGCUGACCAGAGGAAAACAGGCAUUCACUCAGCAAAUUGAGGAGCUCAAGCGACAGAUUGAAGAGGAAGUCAAGGCCAAGAAUGCUCUUGCCCAUGGACUGCAAUCUGCCCGCCAUGACUGCGAUCUGCUGAGGGAGCAGUUUGAGGAGGAGCAGGAGGCCAAGGCUGAGCUGCAGCGUGGAAUGUCAAAGGCCAACGGGGAGGUGGCUCAGUGGAGAACCAAGUAUGAAACUGAUGCUAUCCAGCGCACUGAGGAGCUCGAGGAGGCCAAGAAGAAGCUGGCACAGCGCCUCCAGGAGGCAGAGGAGCAGAUUGAGGCUGUGAAUUCUAAGUGCGCUUCUCUGGAGAAGACCAAGCAGAGGCUCCAGAGUGAGGUGGAGGACCUCAUGAUUGAUGUGGAGAGGGCAAAUGGACUGGCUGCCAACUUGGACAAGAAGCAGAGGAACUUUGACAAGGUUCUGGCAGAGUGGAAGCAGAAGUUUGAGGAGGGUCAGGCAGAACUUGAGGGCGCUCAGAAGGAGGCCCGCUCUCUUGGCACUGAACUGUUCAAGAUGAAGAACUCUUAUGAAGAGGCUCUGGAUCAGCUUGAGACCAUGAAGCGUGAAAACAAAAAUCUCCAACAGGAGAUCUCAGACCUGACUGAACAGAUUGGUGAGACUGGCAAGAGCAUCCAUGAGCUGGAGAAGGCCAAGAAGCAGGUUGAGACUGAGAAGUCUGAGAUCCAGACAGCUCUUGAAGAGGCUGAGGGAACUCUGGAACAUGAGGAGUCCAAAAUCCUCCGUGUCCAGCUGGAGCUCAACCAGAUCAAAGGAGAGGUUGACAGGAAGCUGGCAGAGAAGGAUGAGGAGAUGGAGCAGAUCAAGAGGAACAGCCAGAGGGUGAUUGACUCCAUGCAGAGCACUCUGGACUCUGAGGUCAGGAGCAGGAAUGAUGCCCUGAGAAUCAAGAAGAAGAUGGAGGGUGACCUGAAUGAGAUGGAAGUUCAGCUGAGCCACGCCAAUCGCCAGGCUGCUGAGUCCCAGAAGCAGCUGAGGAACGUCCAGGCUCAGCUCAAGGACGCUCAACUGCACCUGGAUGAUGCUGUCAGGGCCCAGGAUGACCUCAAGGAGCAGGCUGCCAUGGUGGACCGCAGGAACGGUCUGAUGGUGGCAGAAAUUGAGGAACUUAGAGCUGCUCUGGAGCAGACAGAGAGAGGCCGCAAAGUUGCUGAGCAGGAGCUGGUCGAUGCCAGUGAGCGUGUUGGUCUUCUGCACUCUCAGAACACAAGUCUCCUGAACACCAAGAAGAAGCUUGAGGCUGAUCUGGUCCAGGUCCAGAGUGAAGUGGAUGAUACAGUCCAGGAAGCGAGAAAUGCUGAGGAGAAGGCCAAGAAGGCCAUCACUGAUGCUGCAAUGAUGGCUGAGGAGCUGAAGAAGGAACAAGACACCAGCGCUCACCUGGAGAGGAUGAAGAAGAAUCUGGAAGUUGCUGUCAAGGACCUGCAGCACCGUCUAGAUGAGGCUGAGAAUCUGGCCAUGAAGGGUGGCAAGAAGCAGCUCCAGAAACUGGAAUCUAGGGUGCGUGAGCUGGAGACAGAGGUGGAGGCAGAGCAGAGACGUGGGGCUGAUGCUGUCAAGGGUGUCCGCAAGUAUGAGAGGAGAGUGAAGGAGCUCACCUACCAGACUGAAGAGGACAAGAAGAAUGGUGCUCGGCUGCAGGAUCUGGUUGACAAGCUGCAACUGAAGGUCAAGGCCUACAAGAGGCAGGCUGAGGAAGCGGAGGAGCAGGCCAACGCUCAUCUGUCCAAGUGCAGGAAGAUCCAGCAUGAGCUGGAGGAGGCUGAGGAGCGUGCUGACAUUGCUGAGUCCCAGGUCAACAAGCUGAGAGCCAAGAGCCGCGAUUCUGGCAAGGGAAAAGACCUGGCAGAGUAAAUCUAACCACUGCGAUGUAUCAUACAAUAUGAUCAAUCCUUUCUGAAAAACAAGCAAAUAAAAAUCAAG